UUCCAAUCAAAGCUGUAGGAUCGAUGCAGCUCCCUUAUUCUCCUUGUAUUUAUACAAUUUGACCUCAAACCCAUAUUUUCAAUUCUCUCUCAACAUGUUUUCCAACUUCUGAUCCUCUUUUCACUGUAAUUCUGUCUCAAAACCCUUGAAGAUCAGGCUCCCAGCUGGUUCGGAGAGAUUUUCGAGUCGCUCGAGUCGAUCAAACACGGUCGAUAAGUAUUCGAGGCAGUUACAAAUUUUGUUAAUCAAAUGGAGAGAGGUUGGUUGAGGAAGAGACGAUGAAGGGAGGACUUUAUAAUUGGCUGAUUAUCCUCAUAUUCGUGCACCCAACUACGGCACAAGAGGGUUUUGUGAGCCUAGCAUGCUGUGCAGAUUCAAACUUCAAGGACACAAACACAAGCAUUGAUUGGGCACAAGAUUCCCAGUGGUUGGGAAGUUCAUCAAGCUGCAAAAACAUAAGCAGCAAUGGGAAAGCUCGAAUCUUUGGCAUGGACAUGGGGAAGAGAGCUUGCUACCAUUUAAGCACUGUGGAAGGGCAGGAAUAUGUGAUAAGGGGCACGUUUCUUGCGGCUGCCGGGGGCUCAUCCUUUCGUGUUUAUAUUGGGAGUACCCUUCUGGGUUUGGUGGGGUCGUUCCAGGACUCGGUGGUUGAAGGAAGCUUCAGAGCUAAAAGGAGCUAUGAAGAGUUUUGCUUGGACAAGGAUAAGGGACAGCCUUUUAUAUCCUUUCUUGAGCUUCGAAGGCUUCAUGAUUUUAGAUAUCUCAACCCCUUUCCUUCUCACAUUCUCAAAUUGAUUGCCAGAGUUAAUGUUGGGGUAUCCACACCAUUGGAUAUCAGGUACAGAGAUGACUCGAGCGAUAGGAUUUGGAAAGCAUCGCCAUAUUUCCAGAACGAAGCUCGGGUCUUGACAGAGCCCAAUAUCAAUAUUUCAUCCAAGUCCGACCACAAUGCCACGCAUGGUGUUCCUUUGAAAGUCCUCCGAACUGGUCUUACACAUUCCGACCAGCUGGUUUUCCUCCACGAUGGCCUCGAUUCAGCUACUUACCAGUAUCGUAUCUUCUUUCACUUUGUUGAGCUCAACCAGAGUGUUAAACCUGGGCAGAGAUUGUUCGACAUUUACAUAAACAAUGAAAAGAAAGCAACCGAUUACGAUAUUCUAGCUCAUGGGUUCAACUACGAGUGGGAAGUUUAUGAUGUUUUGGGUAAUGGGUCACUUAAUUUGACGUUGGUUAAGGCCUCCGUCGGGUCUGAGUUAGGACCCAUUUGCAGUGCUUAUGAGAUCUUGCAAGUGCGUUCAUGGAGUCUGGAGUCCGACGAGAAGGAUGUGGAAGUAAUUUUGAAGGUGAGGGAUGAACUGUUAGUUGCUAACCAAGAAAAUGGAGUGUUGGGCAGCUGGUCAGGGGAUCCUUGCCUUUCGAUUCCCUGGGACGGUCUGGCUUGUGAUACCAUCAAUGGAUCCUCUGUUAUCACCAAACUGGACCUCUCUUCACGUAAAUUCAAAGGAUUGUUUCCUGGCAGUUUACCUAAGUUGGUCCAUUUACAAACCCUGAACCUCAGCAACAAUGGCUUCACUGGAAGCAUCCCAUCUUUUCCCGCUUCUUCAGUGCUGAUAUCAGUGGAUCUGAGGCACAAUGAUUUUAGUGGAGGGCUCCCUGAAUCUCUUGCUUUCUUGCCACAAUUAAAAUCAUUAAACUUUGGGUGCAAUCCUUCCUUUGGCAAGGAGCUUCCACCCAACUUCAACAUGUCAAGACUUACUACAGACUAUGGAACGUGUGAUAAUACAGCACCAACAUUUCUGAGACGAGGAAUUGUCGUAGGGACGGUUGUGAGUGGAUCAGUUCUAUUUACCAUUAUUAUUGGUGUCAUUUAUGUGUGCUGUUGCAGACAGAAAUCUGUAUUUAGGGGAAGAUAUGAUAUGAAAAGAGAACUUAUGUUGAAUGAUAUAAUCAUUUCUCUACCCAGCAUAGACGACACCUCUAUAAAAUCAAUAUGCAUUCAAUCAUUUACUCUCGAGUAUAUUGAAGCUGCUACCCAACAAUACAAAACUUUAAUUGGUGAAGGAGGGUUUGGUUCUGUUUAUCGUGGCACUUUGUCUGAUGGUGAGGAAGUGGCUGUCAAGGUCCGUUCUUCCACAUCGACCCAGGGAACGCGGGAAUUUGAAAAUGAGCUAAACCUGCUUUCAACUAUUAGGCAUGAAAACCUGGUACCUCUUCUUGGCUAUUGUUGUGAAAACGACCAACAAAUUCUUGUUUACCCUUUUAUGUCGAAUGGAUCACUACAAGAUCGUCUUUAUGGCGAACUAGCAAAGAGGAAGACACUGGACUGGUCCACAAGACUUUCAAUUGCACUUGGUGCUGCCAGAGGUUUGACAUAUCUUCACACGUUUGCCGAGCGAUGUGUUAUACAUAGAGAUGUAAAAUCAAGCAAUAUACUCUUAGAUCAUAGUAUGUCUGCCAAGGUUGCAGAUUUUGGGUUCUCGAAAUAUGCACCUCAAGAGGGUGACAGUGGUGCCUCUCUGGAGGUCAGAGGAACUGCUGGAUAUUUAGAUCCUGAGUACUAUACGACACAUCAUUUGUCUGCUAAAAGCGAUGUGUUCAGCUUUGGUGUGGUUCUCCUUGAAAUCAUAUGCGGUCGGGAGCCACUGAACAUUCAUAAACCACGCAAUGAAUGGAGCUUGGUUGAAUGGGCCAAAACUAAUCUGAGAGAGUCGAAGGUCGACGAGAUUGUGGAUCCUUCCAUCAAAGGAGGGUACCAUACAGAGGCAAUGUGGAGAGUUGUGGAGGUGGCAUUGGCAUGUAUUGAGCCAUCCUCGGCCUAUCGACCGUGCAUGGCUGACAUCGUGCGUGAGCUAGAGGACGCUUUAAUCAUAGAGAACAACGCUUCAGAAUACAUGAGGUCUAUAGACAGUUUGGGAGGGUCCAAUCGUUUCUCAAUGGUCACGGACAGGAAGUUGGUUCAACCACCCACUCCCACUCCAACAGAGCCAUCGCCAAUCUCUCAUGAGUUAGCCCCGCCAGAGCCAAGGUAGCCUCUGAUGAAACUAUAUAACUAGGUACCGCUAGUUCACUGAUAAUGAGGAAUGCUGAAAGAGUAUGAAUGUUUGCAGUUUCAUUAGAGGGUACUUGUUAGAAUAUAAGAUAGAAUGCAUUCCGUGGUACGUUUCUAGAUGACAUGAAAGCUGUUGGGUUAUGAUAAAUUUAAUUACGUCAA